AUGGCCACCGCAGCUAACUCGAGUUCGAACGCUUCGGCCACUGUCUUUCCUCGCAGUCAUGUUGGUUUCGACAGUAUCACCUCCCAGAUUGAGCGGAAGCUCCUGAAACGUGGCUUCCAAUUCAAUGUGAUGUGUGUUGGCCAGACGGGUCUGGGAAAGUCCACCUUGAUCAACACUAUUUUUGCCUCGCAUUUGAUUGAUUCUAAGGGCCGUCUGACGCCCAAUGAACCAGUUCGGUCGACAACAGAGAUCCAGACCGUCUCUCACAUCAUUGAGGAGAACGGAGUACGUCUCAGGUUAAAUAUCGUCGACACUCCAGGUUAUGGUGAUCAGGUCAACAAUGACAGGUGCUGGGACCCGAUUGUGAAAUACAUCAAAGACCAGCACUCUGCCUAUCUUCGGAAGGAACUCACCGCCCAGCGUGACCGCUAUAUUCAAGAUACCCGGAUCCAUUGCUGCCUGUUCUUCAUUCAGCCUUCUGGUCAUGCCCUCAAACCGAUCGAUAUCGUAGUCCUAAAGAAAUUGUCGGAUGUCGUGAACGUCGUGCCGGUCAUUGCCAAGGCUGAUUCUCUUACUCUGGAGGAACGUCUGGCGUUCAAGGAACGAAUCAAGGAAGAAUUCGCUUUCCACAACCUGAAGAUGUACCCUUAUGAUAAUGACGAGCUCGAUGAUGAAGAGCGUGCCGUCAAUGCACAGAUCAAAGACAUUGUCCCCUUUGCCGUUGUCGGCAGCGAAAAGACGAUUGUUGUCAACGGCCAAGAGGUGCGCGGCCGACAGAACCGCUGGGGAGUCAUUAAUGUCGAAGACGAAAACCAUUGCGAAUUUGUCUACCUGAGAAACUUUCUUACCCGCACCCAUCUUCAAGAUCUGAUUGAAACGACGAGCCAGAUCCACUACGAGACCUUCCGUGCCAAGCAGCUUCUUGCUCUGAAGGAAAGCAGUGCUGCAGGCAGCCACUCCGCUGGCAGCAGACCUAUCAGCCCCUCUGCGGACAGAGAGCUCAGUCGCAACUCGCAACGGAUGACCAUGAACGGCUACUAA